AAAGGUUCACUAGUCAAGUAUGAAACUCAUGUGGAUACAUCUUUGGCCAUUGUAAGUUAUCUAGCAUUGCAAGGUGAACCAUUUCGUGGACACGAUGAAUCCACUUCUUCUUUGAACAAGGGGAAUUUUUUGGAGCUACUUGAUUGGGUGAAAGAAAGAAUUCCAGAAGUGAAGGUUGCAUUUGAUGAGCUAUGCCCUAAGAAUGCCCAAAUGACUUCCGGAAAAAUUCAAAAAAUCCUUGUUUCUCAUUGUGCAAAUGCGGUCACCAAAGCAAUCAAAGAAGAGAUGGGUGAUUGUCUUUUCUCCGUUCUUAUUGAUGAGUGCCGUGAUAUAUCGGUGAAAGAACAAAUGGCCGUGGUUAUUAGGUACUUGAGCAAACAAGGAGAGACUAUUGAACGUUUUUUAGGUAUUAAGCAUGUCCCGGACACAACAUCUGCUUCUUUAAAGAAGGCAUUGUUGGAGGUUUUUGCUAAACACGGUCUAGUUGUUGCACGACUACGAGGGCAAGGGUAUGAUGGGGCAUCUAAUAUGAGAGGAGAAUUCAAUGGCCUUCAGAAGUUAAUUCGAGAUGAGAACCCAUAUGCUUUCUAUAUCCAUUGCUUUGCCCACCAACUGCAGUUGGUAGUUGUUGCUGUUUCGAGAUGCUGCAAGGGUGUUGAGGAUUUUUUUGAAUAUGUGACCAUGAUAUCUAAUCUCAGUACGUCAUCUUGCAAGAGGAAGGAUAAAUUGCUUGACAAGCAAAAACAGGUUCUUUUGGAUAAGAUUAGGGGAGGUGAGAUGCCCACAGGAAGAGGCAAAAAUCAAGAAACAUCCUUGGUCAGACCUGGAGAUACAAGAUGGGGCUCUCAUUACACAACCUUAUCUCGCAUUGAAUCAAUGUGGGAUGCAGUCAUAGAAGUUUUGGGCAUUGUUGAGGAUGAUGUGCGUGUUCCAUGUAGAGCAGGAGGUUUGGUUCAUCAAAUGGAGACUUUUAGCUUUGUGUUCAUCCUGAAGAUGAUGCUAAAGAUCCUUCGUAUGACAAAUGAUUUGUCUCUUCUAUUGCAAAAGAAGGAUCAAAAUGUUGUUCAGGUAUGUGAUCGAUCAUGUUAUAUGUAUCUACUCUGCUUGAUAUAUUUUGUUCAUGAAAACAUACAUGCAUCUAAAAUUGUAAUUGUCUCAUUUCAGGCAAUGUCAUUGGUUACGGAUGUGAGAACACGUUUAAUCAAUUGGAGAAAUGAUGGUUGGGAGCCACUCUUGGAAGAUGUCAAAGCCUUUUGCACCAAAAACGACAUUCCAAUACCAAAUAUGGAUGACAUGUUUACAAAGUGGGGAAAAUCAAGAAAAGGUGGACGAAACAAUGUCACAGCUGAUCAUUUUUUUCGUGUGGACACCUUCUAUGCUGCCAUAGACUUCAUCACCACAGAGUUUGAUCAUCGUUUCAAUGAGGUAUCUUCAGAGCUGCUCCAGAACUUCUCUUGUCUUGACCCAAGAAACUCCUUUUCUAGGUUCAAUGUGAAUAAGCUUGCUAGACUCACAGAGAUUUAUUGUGAGGAUUUCUCAGAUUAUGAACGUGAACAUAUAGUUGAUAACCUCGAGCUAUUCAUUAUCCAUAUGAGAAGAAUUGAAGAAUUUAGAGCUUGUCAUAAUAUUGCAAGCCUAGCUAGAAAGAUGGUUGAACUUGAAAGGCAUGUCAUGUUUCCUGCUGUUUAUCGCCUCAUUGAGUUGGCAUUGCUACUACCGGUAGCGACGGCAACAGUUGAAAGAGCCUUCUCAUCAAUGAAAAUCAUCAAGACUGAGUUGCGCAGCAAGAUGUCUGAUGGCUGGCUUAAUGACUUGAUGGUGUGUUACAUUGAGCGAGCGAUCUUCAAAAGUAUUGAUCUUGAUAAAAUUAAGGAAGAUUUUCAGAAGGAAGGUAGGGCACUGCCAUUGCCUGGGUCUUCUACACGCCAUUAAAAGCUUCAUUAUCGGUAUGUUUUAGGUUGUUUCCUAUUGAGACAUGUCUACAUUUCCAUUGUAUUUGGUUAUUCAUUCGUAGUGUGUAUUGUUAGUCAGUGUUGUUACUUGUUAGUGUGUAUUGA